GCCCUCACAACACACCUUACAACAAGAAGAUCGUCAUAAACUCUUCAAGUGCUCUCAAAAAUCUGUAGAAAAAAUCAAACAGACCAUGAAUUUCUCAUUGGCCUCCUUCAUCGGCUUCGUGAUGUUGUUGCAAACCAUAAGUGUCUCGGGACUCAACAAGACCAGCGUCGUUCCUGAGGAUUGUGAAACCGAGGCCGGCCACACCUGCUGAACGGCUCCGAAAACAACGUGCCAAGGGAUGGGAGGAAAAGAGAAGAAGUGAAGUUGGUGUCCCCCAAGGCCAGCGCCUUCUCUCGUGUUUCCGAAUCAUGAAGCUAAACCAGACCAGUGGAUCGGGAAAAUCUUACCCAACUACCCUAUCUAUUGAUCUCUUCACUUGUAAUCUAUUGGGCUCUUGAUUAUCCUUGUCUCAGCUUUCAAAGUCCACAAAUUAUCUCACUCAAAUCCAUCGGAUCCUUGCAUUUCUUUUUUCAGUCCUGAAUGUCCACUUAUCAUCCAAUGGUCUUAACCGGCUGCUAUGUGGCUUUCCACAGAGUUGUUCCAUCAUUUUAGGAAUGCAUAGCUGGUAUGACGAGUGCUAUAGGCGUCAAUUGUUUUGAAAGACAAUUGGGGUUGAGUGAGAAGACUCAAGUAA